AUGCCUCUUAUCGGCCACGGACCAUCUGUAAACGACAUGGUCGUUGAUGACCCUGCUCCCCCUCGAAUCUCCAAGCAGACACCUGGUCCUCGUCGAGAAAGAUCGUCCCACCAUGGACGAGGCUAUCGUCACCGUGGGGGGCGUCGAGGGCAUGACCUUCCGCCCCGAGCUCGUGAGUCUAACUCCGAUGCCAUGAGUGCCUUCACUCGAUUCUUUCGAGCUGAAGCUCAAGCUAGUGAGUACCCCAGUGGACCUCGUAUCCCUGCCGGUGCUUACUUUGCCCGUCGCUACCCAUUAGAGGAACUAGCGAUCAGGAAGGAGGCCCAUGCCUUUGAUCAACUCCUUAGGGCCGAGCGAUCUGCUCGGACCCGUGAGUUCUCACCUUACCGUCCCGGAGGGCGUAACAUCAAGCUCGACAAUCGUCACCCACCCCAGGGUCAUCCGUUCAGGAAUGAACAGACAAGGCGACCCCCUCGCCACACAUCCGGACGUGCACCCCGUAAUGGCCCCACCACGGCUGCCCAAGUCAUUGCCGAGGUAACAAACAAUGCCGCUGCCAUCCUGGCACCCUCUCCUGCACCUGCAGUCGUCAUCCCUGACCCAGGCCCAGACGUCGAAGAGAUCAUCGCAGCUGCCGAGCAACUCGACCUCGAACAGUCUGGUCACCUCCUGGAUAUCACUCCUGAUGACGUCUUUGGUAGAUACAUCCCUGUUGGCCUGUUGUUAGUUAACACACUAACCCUUCUCGUCCUGAUAGCGGCCUUCGCCUCCGUGUCUGAAGGAGCCAGCCCUGCCUAG